CCAAAUCCUGAAAUCCCCCACACUCCCAGCAACCACCCCAACCCCUCGUGCGCGCCAACCGCCGGCCGGCCAUGGAGGACGCGGCGGCGGCGGCCGUCCCCGGAGCGCACGCGUCGGCGAGCCGCCGAUCCGACGACCGGCAAGCGCCGCUGUGGAGUCCCGGCCCCCGGGAGCAACAGAGAAGCGUCGACGAUCUUAUCAGCCACCUCCCCGACGACGUCCUCGGCGCCGUCGUCUCCCUCCUCCCCACCAAGGACGGCGCGCGCACGCAGGUCCUCUCGCGCCGGUGGCGCCCCCUCUGGCGCUCGUCCGCGGCGCCGCUCAACCUGUCGAUCGACCGCCGCUUCUGCGCGGGCGACGCCCGCAAGCACGUCGCCGUCGUCUCCAGGAUCCUCUCCGACCACCCCGGCCCCGCCCGCCGGUUCUCGCUCCGCCGGGCCUUCCCGCCAGGCCAGAUCGACCGCUGGCUCCGGUCCGGGUCGCUCGCCCGCCUGCAGGAUCUCGAAAUCGCCUACACCAAAGUGCACGGGGACGCAUGCCACCCGAUGCCACCGGCCGCGCUCUGCUUCGCGCCGACGCUCCGCGCGGCCAAGUUCGGCGGCUGUGAGUUCCCCGAGUUGACCGCGCCGUCCCCGAAGUUUCCGCGCCUCAAGCAGCUCACCCUGUGCCGCGUCAGCAUAUCGGAGGACUCUCUCCACGGCAUGCUCUCCGGCUGCAUUGCCUUGGAAAGCCUUUCGCUGGACCGGAACAUCGGCGUCGGCCGCCUCUGCAUCAGCUCACCGACGGUUAGGCGCUUCAGCUUCUCUCCUCAUCGGGACAAACAAGGUAUCCUCACUUGCCAAGAGCUGCUCGUCCAGGACGUCCCGUGCCUUGAGAGGUUAAUACUACAUGAUUCACACAUUGGUCCGACGACCAUCCGGAUAACCGGGGCACCUAAACUGGAGCUGUUGGGGUUGUUGUCUCAUGGCAUAUCUACACUUAAGCCUGGAACCACAGUUCUCCAGAAAACGAUCGAUGUCAGCUUGACAACCAUAAUGCAUAAAGUGAAGAUUUUGGUUGUUGACUCUAUUGGCCCCAAUCUAGAUGCAAUUGUUGGCCUACUCAAGUGCUUCACUUUCUUAGAGAGACUAUACGUCAUUUCCCACCCACAGGAGGAUAUGAAUAAUGUGCGCAAGUAUGACCCACUGGAUCCAAUUGAAUGCCUGGAACUCCAUCUAAAAAAAGUGGUAUUGAAGAAUUACGAUGGUAACCGGACACAAGUUAUUCACUUUGCCCAGUUCUUUGUUUUGAAUGCAAAAGUGCUCAAGGAAAUGGAAAUUGGAGUUGUCAACCGCUGCAACAGCAAAUGGAUGCGCUUUCAACGUAAACGGUUACAAGUGGGGAAUAGAGCUUCUCGAGAUGCACAGAUUGAACUAAAAUGGGAUACAAAGAAGAGCUUCAAAUACCAUGGCUUUUCCGAGGCUGAUCCCUUUGACAUGUCCUCAUGUUGACACUUGAUACGGUUGUGUUAGGUAGUCUUUCCAGAGAUCGUGUCGCAGCCGGCUUCCCUUGUUUGCCUGUCUAAGGUUAUCUCACCGUUGUGAUCUCUACAAAAUGAUCUACUUAAUGCAGCAAUGGAAUGCUUUCUUGCGCACUCUGGAGCAUACCAGGAUUUAGGAGGUUGUGCAGCAGCUCAAGAUUCCAGUCCAAACUUGUGAUGUAUAAGAUGUUAGAGGGUUACUAGGAUUCGUGUGUCCUGUUUAGUUGCUUGGAUUUUCUCUCCUGAUUGGUGUCAUAUUGUAAGCUGGUAGCACCUACAAGCUCCAGCUAAUAUAUUUGUGUAAUCACCACUUGCUUUAAUGAAAUCCCGGAUGCACUUUUAUUA